AAAGUGACUUCACCUGCUGCUUCUCCAACAUGUCUUCUGAAAACAAUUCAGUGUCAGGAGACUUGGCUGCUCCCUCUCCCACAAGGUCUGAAUUUUCCACACAGAACUUCCCUUCAGCAAAAGAAGAUACCAAGGUAGAGUUAGAUAGGGAGAAUCUGAGGGAUAAAUCUACACCUGGUAAAACAAAAAAGUCUCUGAAAGGGAAACAUUACCCAGGAAAGGAAGAGUCUCUGGAGAAGAGAGAGCAUUCAAGGCAGGAAGACUACCUGGAGGAGGAAGUCGCUCUGGAGGAGUAUGAGUCUACAGAGGAGGAAGAGUAUCUGGAGGAGGAUGAGUAUCUAGAGGAGGACAAGUUUAUAAACAUAACAGACUACAUGUUUAAAGGAGAGAGUCUGAGAAAAGCACAUCCAUUUGAAAAGCAUCUGGGACAGGACUUCAAAUCAGUUUAUUCAUCAUUGAUGUUAUCUCGUCUUAAUGCAAGGAGCCCAAUUGCCAGCACCUCUCAGGCUACCUUUUAUUAUGGUGUCCCACGUUCUGCCACUAUCUCUGCCGACUCAGAACAAGCCGAGGUUUCCAUAAGACACCAGGCCAGUCAGACGAAAUGGGCCUACGAAAGCAGGUUCGUUUUUAUGAAGCCUGAAAUAAAACCAGAUGAAGACACCUCCAUGAGCUCUUAUUCAGAAGUGAAUGUUGUCUCUGGAUUGCAGCCAGCGGAUAUAGCUUGUAAGUGUCCAUCAAAAUCUAUCUUCCUGCAGGACAUCGCCACUGUCACAUUAAGUACCCUAGUGGCGGAGAUGUGUGUGCCACGUGUGGCCGCUGGGGUACUGUCAGAGGUGGCAAGUGGACAGAAUCCAGUGCAGACCGAGGCUGCCGUGGGAGGGAAGCAGGGCAAAAUCAACGAGGGUGGGGAUCACAAAGAAUGUCCCCUCUCUGCCCACAAAGACAUAAUGAGGAUGCAAAAUCAGUCGAAGUCCGUCAGCCCUGUGCCAACCUGGACAAGGGUAAAUGUCAUAAAUCCAUUUCUUUCCUAUUUUGCUUUCCAUUCCAAUGACCUUCCUUUCGAUGUGCCUUCCAAAUUGGAAGCUUUGGAUGAAUGGGCCAGCAUCAUGGAUGAGGCUGUGGACAAGGAACUUAAGGUCUACAGUGAUAAUUUUUUUAGAAGAUCCUAUCAGGCAGUAUUUAAGAGAAUUGUCAGAGAAAUGUAUGCUGCCAAUGAACUGGAUGACGAUCUUAACAUCCCCCUGACUCUGAUGAUGGAAACUGAAAACAGAAGGAAGCUGGGGAUGCUGUUGAAGGCAAAUUUUGAAGCAUUGGAAGACCCAAUCAUAUGGCUUAUGAAGAGACAUGAAGGUCUAAAGUCGUCUGAGACUCUCACAUUUCAUCUCCUGAGUAUGAUGGAGCCUGAGCCAGAAGGCAAGAAGCGGGUUGGUGGUAAGAAGAAAGUGGAACUAGAUUCAGAAUGGAUACAGGAGAUGAAGGUGCGUAAAGGAGAUGGAAAAUUAAUUCUCUACCCCAACGAGAACAUCUUCCAAGUUCUCUUUCCUGAUGGGACAGGACAGAUACACUAUCCAUCAGGAAGGCUCGCGCUGCUCAUCUCCUGCACAGAUGGUGAAGAGUUCACAUACAUCAUUCUGGAAGACAGUCUAGAGGCUAGCAUCCGGGCCCUCGUCAAUAACUCUGGCCAUGCCACCUUCAAUGAUGAAAAUGGAUUUAUCUGGUCAAGCCUGAGCAGCAGCCUGGGCUACUACUUCCCCAAGGGCAAAAACCAGAAGGCCUGGAACUGGUGGAAUCUGCAGGUCCACGUCCACGUGCCCCCUUUCCAGCCCAUCUCCUUGAAAAUCAACAGCUACAUCCAGGUGUACAUAAGAAACCAGGACAAGAUCAUCUUCAGCUUCCUCCACCAACAGAAGCGGUUUCGUUUAAACCUGGGCACCAAGUUCAAGUUCAUAAACUCAGAGGUGCUGCAAGACCUGAAGGAGAAAACAAUCCUGGAGGUAGAUCCUGGCACAACAGCUCGGAAGGUCCAGAUCCUUCUGGGAAAAAUGAUUAGGAUCCUGAACUUGCUGACCAUGUCUGAUUUGAAAAACUUCACAGAGGCCUCCAAGAUGUGUCUCAUGGCUUUAGGAACCAAGAAGAGAUCUCGAUUCUGUUUGUAGGGCAGUCACCAAAUUCUCCCAGGCCUUAUAUAUCAUCCACUGAAUGUCUUGGGAAGGGGGAAUCCUCAAGAGCUUCAGGGAAGUCCCAGAUCUAUCUAUUAUGUCUUUGAGAGUUGGUUUGUAAUUUGGGAUCUGUUACAGUUCCUUGGUAAGAGGAAAAAAAAAAAAAAACAAGAAUGAA